CGCAGCUCGUGUCAGUUUCGAAGUCUCCUGCCUCUCACCUUCGCGUCCUGGGACGUGAGCGCAGCCACCCGCCACGGCUUUUCCCUCCUCUGCGGGCCGAGAGCCUCUGCCGACAGGGCGCCCCGCAUCUCCCCCAGCGCGGGGGCCCUCCUGCAUUUCCUCUGUGCUGCUUUGAUCAGGGGGACUUUGGGUUUGUUUUCUCCUCUUUCCUCUUUGUUGCUCUAAAACCGGUCACGCCGAAGCCCCCCAUUCCGGAGGGAGUUCGACUUGUUGAGAAAGGCGGCUGCCGCGGACUGCACCGGCCCCUCCUGCGGACCCGCAAGCCGGUGCCCACCUUGCCCGCCUUACCCGCCGCCUGCGUUCGUUCGCCCGAGGAAGCCAGCCGAGAGGUCAUUGAUGCACCCAUUCCAGUGGUGUAACGGGUGUUUCUGCGGCCUGGGACUGGUUAGUACCAACAAGUCCUGCUCAAUGCCACCCAUCAGUUUCCAAGACCUUCCUCUCAACAUCUACAUGGUCAUCUUCGGCACAGGCAUCUUUAUCUUCAUGCUCAGCCUCAUCUUCUGCUGCUAUUUUAUCAGCAAACUCCGGAACCAGGCACAGAGUGAACGAUAUGGAUAUAAGGAGGUGGUGCUUAAAGGUGAUGCCAAGAAGUUACAGUUAUAUGGGCAGACCUGUGCAGUCUGUCUGGAAGACUUUAAGGGGAAGGACGAGCUAGGUGUGCUCCCGUGCCAACAUGCCUUUCACCGGAAGUGUCUGGUGAAGUGGCUAGAAGUACGCUGUGUCUGCCCUAUGUGUAACAAGCCGAUUGCUGGUCCCUCAGAGGCCGCCCAGAGCAUCGGGAUCCUAUUGGAUGAGCUGGUGUGAGUGCUGCCUCUACACCAAGGCCUGGAGAAGACCUCUUGCCUCGUGGGUGCCUGGUCCCUCUGCACAGCUGCAGUGAACAAGACUGUUGGGUGGUGAUGGUCAUGCUCACCUGAAGGGGAGGUAGUGCAGGGCUGGUCUCCCACCAUCAGGGUGAGACUGCCUUGCCCCACCUUUCUGCCUCCUGAAGCCUUGUUCCCUGCUACUCAGUACUGAUGGCAUCGCCCUUCAAGACCACUGUAUCCUGGUACUGGACUAUCUACCUGCCUUGUCCCUGCUCUGGGGAAAGAAAUCCACCUGUAUCUGGCCAAGAACUUGGAGCACACCCCUUGAGGGUUCCCCUUGCGAGGACAAGCUGCCCUGACCUAGAAGAGGGGAUGAGAUGGGCUCUGCCCCACCUGUGAACUCCCCUCCCCUCCCUGCUCUUUCCAUAGGAAGGUUAGAAGGGAAGGAAGGAAAGAUGGAGGAAUCAAGUGCCUCCAGUGGAAGUGAGGGAGGCUGUGUAGGAAACCAGGAAGAACAGGGAUGUAUAAAAGGAAAGUCAAUGUUUACAUGGGACCUAUUGAAACAAAGGCUGGCCGGCCGGCCCGCUGACGACAGGGUAAUGGAGGGCAGAUCCCCUCCCCCUGCUAGGAUCUGAGGUGCUUACUCUUUCCCUGUCUUCCUCAGCUAAUCUCAGAGCUUCCUACUCCAUGUUGGGGUUUAAGAGCCCCCCCUAGAAGAAGGGCUGUUCUACACUCAAGUGGAUUCCCAGGAGCAAAAGGGGCCUGGGGAUGGGGGUGUCUGAAGGUUAAGGUAGCAACAGAUACCUUCUUCCCCUUUGUAAAUAGUAUUUUUAUACUGCAUCCUCACCAUCUCAGGCUUUGUACAUGUGAUCCCCCGGCUGGAAGGGGUGGGGGUUUUCCGUUCCUCCCUGAAGUGGGUGAGGGUGGGAGAAAGGUAUGUAUUUAAAGAAAAUUAAAUUUAAUAACAAGUUUCUCUAACCUUU